UCGACCGAUCCGGCCGAUCUCUUGACCUUUCAAAGAGUGCCUUGUACGAUUGUACUGAAUAGGUACGCUGUCACGAAAUUAACAAGUUUCUAGAUGUUCAGGUCAGUUUUCCAGCAAGCCUCCCUGUUGAGGUCAAACUCCUCUUUAAGGGAGAUGACAGCACAGGUUCGAGCCAUGUCAAAGUUUUUGUAUGACUUCACUGUGAAGGACCUCAAUGGAAAUGAAGUGAGUCUGUCCAAGUACAAGGGCAGAGUUGUUCUUAUUGAGAAUGUUGCAUCUUUAUGAGGGACAACUGUCAGGGAUUAUACCCAGAUGAAUGAMCUCAUGGACAAAUAUGGUUCAAAAGGGCUUGUUGUUCUGGGUUUUCCCUGCAAUCAGUUYGGCCAUCAAGAGAAUACAGMAAAUGAAGAAAUCCUAAACUCUCUKAAGUAUGUGCGUCCUGGAAAUAACUUUGUUCCUAAGGUGGAAAUCCUUGGUAAACUGGAGGUUAAUGGUGAAAAGGCUGAUCCACUUUUUGUCUACUUGAAGMAAGAACUACCUGUYACUCACCCAGAUGGACCUAAUGGCUUGCUUAUGCAAGAUCAAAGAUCUAUAAUAUGGAAUCCUGUUAGACGCAGUGAYAUCUCAUGGAAUUUUGAAAAGUUUUUGAUUGAUAGAAAUGGCAAACCAUACCAACGUUACAAYAGACAUUUUGAAACCAAAGACAUAGCUAGUGACAUUGAAAAGCURCUCGAUUAGAUAUUUAAUAUCAUCACUAUUCUGAAAUUACCUUCUUUGAAUCACUAUACUUAGGCUUUGCUAACCUUWAUCUCAAGGAAUAGUAUGACAAUAUUUUCUUAAAGUUGAUUGGAAAUAUUUGAUGAGAGAUUUCUUGUUGUAUGACYGGUUAGUCUUAGAAUGGUUGAGUGAUCUGUGUUGGUACUUAUGAAGGCAUUCGCUGAAACUGCAUCAUUGUAUUGUGUAUGCUUGAUGUUGUACCAGUUAACAGUGUCUUGCCUAUUCUUACAAGGUCUACUGUGAUAGAUUUAUGGGUAUUUGUUAUAUUGUACCAGGUCAUUGGUUUCAAAUAAAAGAAAAUUAAUAAUA